GAUCUUGGGAAAAGAGAAAAAUCUGAAUAAGAGGAACAAAAGAGGACUAUCUGUACUUAAAAAUGUGGGAUUUCAAGCAUUCUUUGUGGUUUGCUUACUUGAUUUGCAUCACUGGUGGGAUAUAUGGCCAUCAACGACCGAACUGCGAAUAUCGAUCGAGAGAGAAGGUACUCGUUUGCAAGGAAAUAAUCGAUCCGGAACGGAUCGCCCAGAACAUUGCUAAAUCAACAGAGCGGAUGUGAGUAUCCCUUUAAUUUGAUUUAACGUUCUGUUCAUGCCUGUUUUAGCCGGUGAUGAAUAUAAUAUGUAGUGGGUCUUGCCCGCUAUAUGUAAAUGAUGUGACUUGCUUCGAGAUGAGACAGUAAGCAGUUCAAUCGUUCAGCUUUGUGUUCGUUAAGGACCAAAAGCCAGGCAGACAGAGUAACUGAAAAUUAAAUUUGUGUCUUGUAACUUCCAUGACAUCGUGGUUUGGAUCCUCGAUGUUUUGAAUCGCAUUCAUUAACUGCAAUCAUAAACCUACUUGGGAACCAUCAAUAACACAGUAUGAAUGAUGUGAUAUGUUACCAGAAUACUUGCUACUACGUUUGAUACUCGUUGAUUGAACGCCAAACUUAAGGUCUGAUAAGCUGCCUCUGAACCAUAUUUCACCUGGGAAGACAUUUUACUGUUUUCGAGGUUGCGAAUAUUGCGUAGUGAAUAAUACCGAAUUCGAGGUCACUUUUGAAGUUGAUGAUUACGCAACUUAAAAUGAGAGGCCUUGUUUCAAUAACCUUUCCUAUUGACAGCAUUUCAGCAGUUUUAAGGUGAACCGUAUUUCGAUUUCGAAAAAAUUGAAAGCAAGCGACGAACUUGAUCCGCGGACAGCAUUCCUCUUCCUCUCUGGCAUUUCCGAAAUAUUUUCUGAGCGAAUCUCACAGUACUGCUAAGGUGAAAAAAAUGAUGUGCUAGGUAAUAAUUAGAGGCAAAUCACUAACAGAUAUCGAGUUCGAGUUGAUUAGAAUUUUAUUUUUCGAUCUCUCUUCGAGAGAUUUUAUAGAUUUUGACUCUACGUACAAUCACUUCCUUGUGUAGUUAAAAAUAGUACUUAUGUCACCGUCUGCGCGCCAGGGUUGUCAAAUGUCGACCUAUUGAUUUUGAGCUUUUUUGUCAAUAAUAUUUUUUGAAUUAUUUCCAUGUACGCGAGAUGUAGCUGCUGGGUAUUAGAGUGGAUUAUCUCUUAUGCUAAUUUUUUUUAUAUGUUUUCCUGGCGAUAUUGAGUUCGUUACUUCUAACAAUAAUAUUAUAUCGGAAAGACUGAAAUGGCAACGAAUGGCUUCAAAACUUUUGUUCGCAUUUAGUUUAUAGCAACAUUGUGUCGCGCACACAUCAAUGUAGAUUGAAAAUGCGUAAAAACAUUGAUAAGUUCGAUUACUAUCGGGACGGGCAGAAGAAAUUAAGAAGAGGACACUAUACGUGUAUUUGCUAGAGUGGCAGACGGCUAUCGCUUUAACUUUGACCCGUUGCCAACUCGUUAAAGAUGUCUACUUUGACCGGUUGGCAAUAUUGAGUUCGUAAUAAAUUCUAACCCCAUAUCUGAAGCGUUAGCAACAAAUUGAUCUCAAAACAUUUAUGCACAUUAGGUCUUACCUACAUAGUAUUUUGGAGACACACGUGCUAUUAUUAGAGAUGAAAAAAUGCGUUUUGGACCGGUGGGUUUGACGGGAAGUAGUAAAGCUUGUCUUAUUUGAUCGCGAUUUAGAAAACCCGUUUAAUGUUCAGACCUCAAAAAAGGUUUAUUUUUACCAGUUUGGUUUUACCCCGUAAUAUCAACACCAAUACUCUGGAUAUAUACACGAAGUGCUAUUAAUAAAAGUUGCUAAGAAAUUGCCUGAAUGUUAAUUUUGCGGUCCACUGCAAUCUUCUUUCUUCUAAUGUUGUUUUGUUUCCGGUUGGAAUAACAUGGUCAGGAGAUGUGAAAUUAUUUUAUUGAUCGUAGGAACGCAUUAUCAAGAAUACAUCUACUGUCUGUAUAUUAGUUUGAACAGAAAUAAGACUGGAAGCCGCGAGCAUUUUUAAUUAGUUCUCUUCAAUUGUGGAUUUUUAAGAAUGCGGCUUAGUGAUGCAUUUCCUUUCUUCGAGUAUGUUUAUUUGUAAUGUCGCUUGGUGUUGUGCGAAAAAAUAUCCUUCCGUGUUCGUGACCACAGAUUAUGUGGAAGUUUUAGGUUCUUUAUAAUCAUUGGUUUCAGCAUUUGCGGGUUUAGGUCAAUUCGAAGACUAGUUAAUUUUAAAAACUUCAACCGCAAACUAUUAUUAAUAGCGGUAGCCAUUCAUAUUGACAAAUUCCUUUCGUGACAACUCCUUGAAAAGUCCGUUUCAUUUUUCUUCAACUUUGCAAAGGGAAGCUUUGGUGUUAGGGACAACUUAAAAAGGAAAAUUUUUUUCUUAAGUCCUAAGAUGGCUUCUAAAAGUACAUGAUACUUUCGAGGGUAAUUGUGGAAAGCUUGGUCCUAAACUUGCAAAUUUUGCUUGUGUUGCGUGUACGAUUUUCUCGAGACAGAUUCGAAUGGAAUCGCAGAGGGGAACCUUUUCUCGGAAACCUCUUAAGAUAAAUGUGAUUUUGGGACUUUUUUCGGAAAAUGUUUCAUUACCAGUUUGUUAAUGGAACGAAUGUUUAAGACAUUAGUGGAGGACUUUCAUGUUGCCAAAUCAAGAAAUAGCCUUCAAAGAGCCUCGAAAAUGCGUGGGUGUUAAAUUAAAGAACGUCGUUGACUGAUCUCAAACUGUCCCUGUCGACGAUUGUUAUUCUAAAAAACAGUAAGGUUAUUUAUGUCAAUCAUUUUGUAUUUUGAGCACCGUAUUGUUCUUCGGUAACGCUGAAAGUGAAAGUAAUUUUGAUUUCAAUGUCUGGUAACGAAGCCGUGUUUUAUCAUAGAAAUAACGCGUGAUUUUCAAAAAUGGAAAAUUCGAAUUGAUCUCAUUUAUGCACGUCAUUUGCAUGCUCUGUUUUUGUUGUGCGUGUUUUGAUUAUCGCUUUAUUGUAUACUUCAAGAGCUGAGUCAUUGCUGUUGUUUAUGACGCAUGCAAUUGACGUACAGGUAUAUUUCUUUUGUUUAUCUAAUUGCUACAAUGACUUUCAUUUUUAUUUGCUACGAGUCGCGUGUUACUCGCGAGUGAGUCUCGCUUGGUGCGAUUAUCUAGCUAGGUUGCGUGGUUUUAGUUUUCUUUAUAGCUUAAAUUUAUUUUUCUUUUUUCUGUGAUAUGGUAAUGUAACUAAAACUCGGAUUACAACCAACACUAAGGUAACAGACAAUGCAACUGAAGAUAGAGUCUUUUCGAAAUUUCUUCAGCGGUUUAUUUAUCUCUAUAAACUUUCAUUUGAGAGCCACCUCCUUGAUUCACCUGCUCGAUGACACUGCACAAAAUUUCAUUCUUAGGAAACUUAGGUAUAGAGCGAAAAGAAAUCAUGAGUUGCACCGACAAUUGCGCUAAAGACACGAAACAACGGCUGCUCGUAGUCGUAGUCAGUUUGGAGAAGAAGAACUCGCAAAUUGCACAAAACAGCCAAAUUUGAUAUCAGUCGAACCCUUGGGGCCGUUUCUUGAAAGUCCCGAUAACUUUACGGGUCCGAAGCCAUGUUUUAAAAUAUAAAAAAAAAAUGUUUACAAAUGUCAGGAUAAUAGAGCGGGUUUUAGCUCAAAAAGUAAUAAUUUCCAUAUAAUUUCUUGAUAUUUCUCUUGUUUGAUAAUAAAAGCCAUCGAUAUGUUGAUCUCAAUGUACACACGACCUACAGAAAUAAGCUCCUUGGGAUCGAUAAUUUACUGGGUCUAUCGAGAAACAGGCUUCAGAGACCCGUUUCACAAAGGCCCCAGUAACGUACCUGCGAAGCCAUAUUCCAAAUGAAAAUUUAAAGAACAGAUAAGCAGGUUCUGGCACCUCAACAAAUCCAUUUUGUCUUCUUUUAGCUGAUAGUUUUGUCAUUUGAAACCUCCUUCCUGAAUGAAAACAUGACGGCUUUACCGCCCGUUAAAUUUCUGUAAUCUACGAGAAACGGGAACCUGGAAGUAAGAUUUUAGAGCGAAACAUAAGGCUGUAUAUGAAUCACACGGAUGGUUUUUUGGGUAACGCUUUAGAUCGCGAGGGCCAUGGCAUGCCUAUGACCAAAACAGGGUUUACAUUUUCAUGCAGUUGUAAAUAAAAUCGGCUGAUUUUAAAUAUUGCCUCAAAUUUUAUCCCCCAGAGUUUUCACGUCAGAUUCUUUGGCUUGUGACUGUUCUUUGAAAACGUUGUUGGAAUGGAAGGAAGAAUUAUCAUCGGCAAGAAAUGUUGCCCUAGAAGGAAUUUGUUCUUCUCCAAAGUACCCCUUAGGACGAUCCAUAGGCAGCCUCUCCUCCACAGACAUUUCAUGUGGUAAGUGCAUUUCUAUAAGAGUCGGCCAUGACUGACAUAUCCUGGAAUGUAUCAGUACUAAAAUUCAGGUUGAUCUUUACAGACAAGCCAUUUAAUCCUCUGUACUUUCCUUUGAACCUUUCGUACAGUUUUAGUUUCUGGAAUUUGUUGAUAAGUCACAAUGUUCUUCACUCGAUGACUUUAUUCGUCCUCGACGCAUGUUUCGUUGAAUGCGAAUUGAUUCACCCCAAGGGAAGAAAGAGUCCAAUGCACUUUGUUUCAAAUACUAUCCCAACUAAGUUUGGGGAUUCUGCCACCGGUUAACGAAAUUAUACCAAAAUACAUUUAAAAAAAGGGUAAAGAGUGAAGUCUACGACCUUUAAGUGUAGGACCUUCAAAGACGUGCAAGGAAACCCGUCUGAAGUAGGCAACAACUGACUAAUUAAUUCACUGUUGAUUCAUCAGCGUUUCUAACCCUUUCUUUCCUUUUUUCAGCGGGUGCUGAUGAUGCUUUGCUUAUACGCAAGAGACGAGCUGGUAAGGAACUCUUGGGUCAUAAAGUGUUUCUGUCGAAAAGACCUCGCUCUGAUCCCUCGAGUCACACCUAAUUGAGUAUUUUGCCUUGUCGUUGCAGUGUGAACAGAAAUUUGCGUUGCACUAGUCUUGCAAAAUGGAAUGUGGAGAACUCGAAUAUGAUUCCUUUUAAAUGACUGAAUAUCUUUUAUUAGUACUUUUUUCCAAAAAUAUUUCCACUCAUUUUUUUUUUUGUUCUUGUUUUUCUUCAGCUGGUGAAGGCCAACAACCGAAUGCAAACAAAACUUAUAUACCAGGUAACACGCUUUGAUUGUAAUCUCCACUGCCUUUAACCUUUUAACUCCCGUGAGUGACCAAGACGGAAUUUCUCCUUACUAUAUAUAUACAAUAUCAUGCAGACAAGUGAUGAGAUUAAAGAAAAAUGUCAAUCAUGGGAUUACUAAUUGAUCCGAUACCAAAUUCUCCAGACUAACAUAUUGAGAAUCGUUUUGCAGACAGUAAGGAGAAUUAAUGAUGAGAUCUUGGGAGUUAAGGUUAAAUGUUUAUCCUUGAGUUUAUCUUCGCAGGUGUACAUCAGCUCACUCAAUCGCGGAAUGAAAGUUUUGUUAAUUUUUGUUUAUUAACACAAAAGAAUAUUGUUUCAAGAUGUCGGUCGAUUGCACGGAACGUCCCUCAGCAAUUUGUCACAUUUCCUUGACAGUUCAAAUAUGACACCAAGUUGUGCUCCUAAGUGGAGAUAAGCGUCUUGGAACACAUUUAUGUUGUUUAUCGGGAGGGAGGUCCGUAUGGGAUAAAAUUGUAUUCAAGACCGAGGGCAUAGUUCUUCCCAUGCGGACCGACCUACACUAGUAUAAAACUUUUUCUUUUUGCCAAUGGUUUGCAUUUUUCCAAUUUGUCUGAAUCGUGGUCCGUCUUUUAAAAAGAUGGAGUGGUUACGAUUAGCCAAACCGAUUCGAGGAUUUACGGUUGCGGCCCGGUGAGAUGCUUCGGGAAAAAAUAAACAAAAUAAUCUGGCUGGUUGAAACCUUACUCCGCAUUCCACAGCAUUAAAGUAACCUUCCGUUGAUCGCUUUCUCCUUUCAUGUAAUUUUUAUACUUUUUUUAAACUUUAAGAUGCACCCCUAUGGCCGUGUGACUUUGAAGAAGGAUUUUGCCAGUGGUUUCAGUCACAUAAUGGUGAUUUUCAAUGGAGAAGAUACAAAGGCGAGACACCUUCCAUGAAUACUGGCCCAACUACGGAUCAUACCAAAGGAAAUGGUGAGGAAAAUAACAUUGUCUCUAAACAAACCAAGACUUCAAAUCUACUCCAAGAGUCUACUGAAUUUAUUAUCGAAACGUUUAAUUUACCAUUAAAGAACUUGCUAAUACGAUGAACAUGUAUCUGCUGUGCUUCGUUUUCCUGGAACAUUAAAAGAUCUAGCAACCCGAACAAAUGAUUUUAUCCGAAGUCCAUGAUGUUAAACACGAAGCCACUGCAUUUCCCUAUCAGUGCACGAGUUAGAUAUAAUAGUUGGACGUCUAAAUUUGUUUCCCGUUUCUUGUAUUUCACAGCUGAUGGACAUUAUAUCUACAUUGAAACGUCUCUGCCUCGACGGCGUUAUCACAAGGCGAGACUAGUUAGCCCAACGUUGGCCCCCGUGAAUCCAAAUACCACUUGCCAGGUCAGUUAUUAUUCAUCUGUAAGACUUUUCAAUUGGAGAUGGUUACUAAUCCGGAAUUAAGGGGAGCAAGUUUCUAAAGAAACUGUGGUGUUGCGUGGGGGGUGUGGCCAUCACAAAAUUAUUUGGUUUUAUCAACUGGCUUGAUAGUGUAAAUUAGAAAUUGUAAAGAUUUUAUCAAGUUGACGUUUCGUUAGCCCCUCGUCAGAGUGAAUGAGCUAAAGAUUAGAUCUGAUUCGGUUGAUUUUGCUUAUCUGCGCUCUGUGAUUGGUCGGGAAAAUUUACGCGGCCUUUCCAACUAAUCAGAUUUAAGACCAAAAUCAAUCGUGAAUUGGUCACAAGCGUUUCUCCCGUGUCAUGGCAGUUUUUUUUGUUAUGACUCUGAGUUCUUAUCGGCUCCUUAUGAAUUCCAACUUCAGAGACAGAGUCGAUGUUGUCGCAAAAUAAGAACUCCGAAAUGGCAUAGCAAAUGUGUAAACAUCCAGGUGACGGGAAGUUUGAUUCCUUUUUUUUCUCUUCUCACUUUUAUCAGCUGGAUUUGUUUAUCCACAUGAAAGGUCUUCACAUAGGUGCACUCAACAUCUACCAACAACCAGUCGUAGGUUUUCCCGUCAAGAAACUGUCACUCACAACAAACCAAGGUCCCGACUGGUUUAAACGGCAAGUUCAGUUCGACAGUGACACGGAAUUUCAGGUUUGUAAAAACAUGUCAAACAGAUGUGUUUGAAACAUUAAGUCAUAAUCACUGAGAAGGGAAUUGAUCACUGAAAGACUUAUGAUAUUUUUUAUUGUCUCUGGGAUUUGUAUGUUCUGCAUGACCCAGUCUUAGCGUUUCUAAUGAUGUAAGCCAAAUAAUCCUCCAAACUCCACAAUUGCACAGUUGGCCUGUUUUGCGUGUCAUUUUCAAAUCACACACUUGCGAUUCGCAUUAUUGAACGUGAUCAAGAGAAAAGAGGAGGACAGAGAUGGAUGCUCCUGGCCUUAUUUUCUUUUGACAGGAUUAAAUCUUAUUUAAAUCUGCAGUACAACUGAGUAGAAAUCAACCCCUAAAUAUCAAACUUGCUCCCUAUUGCCCGAUAAUGAAAAACUAUAAGCAACAAGACGAAGUUUCCUGGAGUGGUUUAUAAGAGUGCCAAUGUUGUUUUCAUUCAAAUCGCUUUUGCUUACUUCUAAUUUGUGGUUAGGCAAAGUUUAUUGCAACUUUCCACCCAAAUUCUAUCAGUUCUUGCAGACUGACAGGAGAAGUCAAUGUACUCGCAAAUUAAGAGAUUUUAAGUGAGUUGAUUUUUGCCUGCAGGUCAUAAUUGAAGGGGUACGUGGCGCUCAGUACCAGGGAGACAUCGCACUGGACGAUAUUUCAUUUACAGCUGGCUGUGAAAGACUAGGUAUGCAAAAAUGAACCACCCUCUUAUCUGUUUCUUGUACUUUAAAAAUGUGCAUUCAGGUUAGUGUGAUUGUUUUAACCUUGCCAAGCGGCUCGGGCUAAAAUGACUCUGAGUCGGGUUCAAAAUAUACUUAUGCCCGCGAACAUAAAUUCUAUUGUUUUAUUGCCAACGUUUUACCUUUAUUACCAAACUUUUGGUUUAGAAAUUUAUAAGGUACAUAAUACCUAAAAUAAGUUCACGUUCAACACUGCAAUUCUCAGUUUGCAAGAUGGAUGUAAUUGAAAAGAGAGAGAAGCAUUCUAGAAUGGAAUCACCUUCUCAUCUUUUCUCUCCUAGCGCCGGCCUAUGUGCGUCUCGUUAAUGGUUCAACAUUCAAUGAGGGCACGGUAGAGGUCUAUCACCAAGACCUAUGGCAACCAGUUUGCAGUGACGGUUGGAGCCAAUCAGAGUCCUUCGUUGCUUGCAGAGAACUGGGAUUCGAAAAUGCAUCAACAGAAGGUAAUCUCUGUUUUUGUCGAUACAUAAGCUCUUAAAGAUAAAAUUUUUGUGAGUUACAUUUGGUUAAGUGUUCAGCCACUCAAAGUAGACCUAAGCUUUAACUUCAGGGAGUAACCAGUAAUUUAUUCCUCCUUACAAUGUUAACUAAUUAUUCAGUAUGUAGGUGAUGCGAGUGAAUUAGGAUCAUUACUUGAUUCUACAGUGUUUUAACAGUAGUGUGUCGCACACAGUGAGGUUAAUUGAUAUUAAGGUCUAGAGAAACAAGUCUGAAUAAUCGAAAAAUCCGGAUAAUCAAGAUUUCUCUAUAAUAAGUUAGCUGUGGGUUUUUCGUCGUCGAUACUGAUUUUAUUCGCUGAGCAGACUCUCACUUAUGUCUUUUGUUAAUCCUUUUAGGUACACCGCUGAUCGGCAUGUUCGCUGGACUCUCCAACGUUAGUUGUAAAGGCGAUGAGACGUCAAUCAAAGAUUGUUCUCUUGGAGAGAGUUCUAAGAACGUAACUUGUCCUAGUAACAGCACAGUUACAGUUCAAUGUGCAGGUAAGAGCGGUACUUCAUUUAGUGGUCUUUAUCUAUCUUGGCUUAUUCAGUCGGCGGAUGAAUUGUAGAUGACUGUAUUUUUAGAAUUGUAUUGUUCCGCUGUGAUGUUCAGUUUUUCUCCACUCAUCUCAGUCCUUAUAUAUCCUAAAUGUCCGUCUUCUAAAUGAAACUGGCCUUAAAUCCGCCGCAGUUAAUGUGCAAAAGCAAUGAAAAUUUAUUUAAACAUUUUAAUGCGAAUUUUCUUUCCGUGGUUAAUUCUUUCUUCAUGAGGAGAUUUUCUGGGUUUUUUUUUAUGUAUUUAUUUUUGAAUAUGUAUUUCCUUUUUCCAGGUAUCCUUCCUGUAUGUCCCUUAAAAACCCAUUUCCAUUGUCCGGUGGAUGGCAGCGGUAACAAAGCGUGUAUUUCUCGGGCUCAACUAUGCGACUUUACUAAUGACUGCUGGGAUGGCUCUGAUGAAAUUAACUGCCAAAAUUACACGCGUUGUGAUUUCAACGACACAAACAUCUGCGGCUGGCUUCAGGCUAAAAACGACCAAAUGGACUGGACACGGCACAAAGGCAGUACACCAUCCAUCUUCACAGGUAACUUGAGAUGACAGAUAGCGUGAAAAAAAUGUGCGGCUAGGCGCUCCUCGUCUCGCGUGGAAAUGGCCUUUUGCGCUGUGCUAGCUUUUUCCUCUUGUGUGCCCUGCUCGCCUUGAAAGUUGCCUUUUCUGCAGGCUGUAGGAAUAUUUCAGUAACAUAGCAACAAGCAAGGUCUGCGUGUCAUGUUUCCCUCGUCAAGUUAUCCAUUGGCAAGUUUGAAAUUCUUCCAUUGAGAAGUUCUCACGCCACCGGCAAGUUUUCUGUCGAUAACUUUAUACCGUUGACAAAUCAAAUUUCCUUUUCGCCUUUCACCUUAAGAUUUUCUUUAACAAGGUAGAUCUAGAAUUAUAAGCAAAGUUCCCUGGUAUGAAACUUCAGUGAGAUGCCCAAAGAAAAGGUUGUUACGGACGACAUUUACUAUUGUAGCUGUUGAUUACCCACAUGGUACUUGUGUAUUGUGUACUUGUCUGGGGUAUAAUAAUAACUUUUUCCCUAAGCGGCUGCUAAUGGUGUGACAGAGGGAUGUGCUACAAAAGGGACCCUAAGGCGCAACACACACACGAAAGCCUGCUCGCAGCCAGGCGAAACAGACGGCGGUAACAGAUAAUAUCGGCGGCGGUAGACCGCCGGUAACCAGCUUUGGAGGAAACCCCUACCGUUUACGACAAAUUUGCUAGGAAUAAACCAUAGCCGGGAUUAUUUCGCAGUUCCGUUGUUUGAAAACUUUAUACCUAUAUUUGCAAUUCUUUCUUAAAGUUAUUUCUUGCUGGCUGAAUUUUUAACGUGAACAACAAAGAACAUAUGUCAAGGUUACUUUUGUUUAAAUUUCAGGUCCAUUAGCUGAUCAUAACGGCAAUGCCAAUGGAUAUUAUUUAUACAUGGAGGUGUCUGGUCGACAGGGUGGUGAAAAAGCCAGAAUACUCGUCACUCCGCGUUUUCGAGGUUGAUGAAUAAUUGCCUAAUCAUUCAGUGUUUAGAUGCCUUUUGUCUACCAUUAAAAUAUCCUGUAUUUCCACAUUUCUAUCUUUGUAAAUGAUUUACCAAGUAGUGCAGUUGUUCAAGUUGAUAAAUUCUUGUUUUUACAUUUUAUUGACUUCACAGGCGAUAACAAUGGUCUUUGCAAGCUUCGCUUCUACUACCAUUUGUAUGGAUUCGGGAUUGGUACUCUCCGUGUGCUAGCUGCUGACCGGUACUCUCAGAGGACGCUGUGGACGAAGUCUUCUUCGCAACUUAACGAUUGGGGUCGCGCUGAAGUGCCCUUGUUUAACAUGUCAUCCUCGUUUUAUGUGAGUUCUUAUACCAGCAUUUAUUGAGAAUUCCUCUAUCGAAAUUAAUCAUAACUAUUUCGUUGCUAUCUCUCAGACUGUUUAUCAAUUGGCAUAGGGUCGAAAAGAGCCUGGUAAAGACUGUAAGAAAAGACUGUAAGGCUGUUGGCCUCAUCUUUUUCAGCUUUUCUUAUGGGGGAAAGAGAAGGAAUCCACACGCACGAUUAGAGAACGUAGACCUGGCGGGCAUGAUAUGCAUUUUAUGGCCGGGAAGGGGGAAAAUCAGGGGAUUGAUAUCAACAACAAGGGUGUAUAUCCUGUUUUAUUCCUUUGACACUGCUGUUUCACCGUCAUGCAGAUGGCAUAGGUCCAGUAGGUGUUCCUUUUGCUGAGUUAACCUUGUGACCCCUAAGAGUGACCAGCAUCUAAUUUCUCCCAACAAAAUCACCCCUGAAUCAAACAUUAAGGUCAUGAGAAUACAGGAAAUGAUCACCCACUAAAGAAGUUCUUGAUUGUUAAACUAAUUCUCCUUGUCAGCACCUUAGGAAAUGUAUAGAGAACAGUAGGGAGAAUAUGCAUACUGAUGUUUGGUUGUAAAGGGUUAAGAGCACUGCAAUUAAGAAAGUGCCUGUCAUUACCUUUAUUACAGAUCACAAUUUGCGCUGAGACUCUAGCACAACUUACCUCUUCUUAGCGCUGCGUCAAUUUUUAACUCAUUGUCUCCUUGUAAAGGUUACAUUUGAAGGCGAGCACAGUGGAUACAGUCCGCACGGGGACAUAACGAUUGAUGAUAUCUCGUUCACACCGGAAUGCCGAGCUGCGCCACAAGGUACUGCGAAAUAAUUCUUGUCUUUCUUUUAGAAAGAUAGUUGUUGUCUUAUGAAUCGGUUUUUUAACGUCUUUUCUCGCAUUUCAGAAAACGUCACCUGCAAGGAUGGAACCCUACAGUGUGGAAGUGGCGAAUGUAUUCCUUUGUCCAAACAGUGUGACUUUACCGAUGACUGUUAUGACGGCUCGGACGAGUUAAACUGCGGUACGUUAUUCAAUUGAGCGGCCAUCUUUGACCUGCGCGUGCUAAAUACUUGUAAAAAUUUAAAUUUACAUGUAACUGAAUAUUACACUUUUAACACUAAACAGACGAAUAUAACCUCUGCAACUCGAGGCCAGUUGCAAAUGAGUUUGAACGCGAACAAGAAGUGAGAUGUGCCUAUAAUGAGAGGGUUUUUUUUUACUUUGAAACCUUUGGCUUUUCAGGUCUUCAAACACCCGGCCGGUGUGACUUUGAGGUCGACAUGUGUCACUGGCAAAACUUGACAGAUGAUGAUUUUGACUGGGAGAGACACACGGGAAGCACAGCAAGCUUUGACACUGGACCCUCUUACGACCACACUAAGGGCUACCGAGGGGCUGGUAAGUGACGGUUAUCGAAUGACAGGCAGCAACGGAGAAACUGAAGAUAAUCGAAAAGCGUAUAAAAGAGGGAUGGUGGGGGGGGGGAUGUUCAUGUGUCCCUCUACCCUUCCCUUCUAACUUACGGAAGGUGUUUUACGAUGAAAUCAUGUUUUCGCUCACGCUUAUCUCCUAUUCGUUUUUCGGUCGCUAUCUGUGGUUUUCCCCGAUUAUUUUAUUCACGAACUGUAAGUGUAAAAAUUUUUUAUAUGCUAACUUCCGGUGUGUUUGUGAAUCAAAAACAACAAAGAAGGAAAUAAACAAACAAACAAACAACGAUAACAAAAAGUAAAAAAAAUAUAUAUAUAUGUAUAUAUAUAUAGCCUUACCUCCAUCCUAGCAUCAGCACUGCAUUGAUGAGGCCCAGAAGGCCGAAACAGUACUGUCUGCAGUUAGUUAUAUAUAUAUAUAUAUAUAUAUAUAUAUAUAUAUAUAUAUACAGGAAGGAUAUGUCGUAGUUCUUUCUCAAGAAAACGGAAUAGAAAGUAGAACGGAAUUUUUACCGAUGCAAUUUAAAUCUCUUAGAAGAGCGUUUAAAUUUCUUCAUUCUUUAGGUCAUUACCUAUACAUAGAAGCAUCGAGUCCUCGAGCGCCAGGGCACAUAGCAAGGGUUAUCAGUCCGCAGUUUAUGUGGCAGAAUGUGGCCGGAUGCACGGUAAGUAUUAUUGGUCGAAUUUCUUUGCAUGUAGUAAUUGCGUCUCAUGCUUAAGAUUAUGACUUGUUAGGAGAUUUAACUUCCGAAGGUGCUGACAAGUAAAUCGUGUAAGGGCCUCGUAUAGUUUUGUGAAAUGCUUAUGUAUAUAAUCGUCUCGCGGUUUUGAAUACAAUGUAGGAUUUGAAGGUCGAAAGCGCAAUGUCUAGACUGGGUAAACUAACUCGCAUAGGUUUGAUUACCUCAAGUAGACCAUUCAAUUACAACCGGGCAAAAAGAAAUAUUUUAGACAUUUGCUACCACCUCAGGACAAAGAAUGGACUUAUUUUUUUUUUUGAGGAUUUCUCGCUUGUGACAAGACGAAAAAAACGUUCAUAAUUUUAUCUUUCUCAAAAAAAAAUCGGACAUUUCCAUUGGGCAGAAUGCCUAAUAUUCUCGCCACUUUUACUUGCAAAGGCUAAAAUAUAGUAGAUCUCUAAUAUUACCAGCAUAAAUAUGAAGGCUCUCAUUGGUCGAAGAUCACAUGCGCUCUCCUCUAAAGGGGAUAGUGCCUUAGCUUCAUAACUUGUCAAGGCGGAGCUAAGAGAAAAAGGCGUUGUAACCUGUUGUUUAAUCUAUUGUUUCUGAUAUGACACCUGACUGCAGUCUUGAUUCGUGAAAUAGAUCAUUUUAUUUUCUUUGUUUUUUUCAGCUUCGCUUUUAUUAUCACAUGAGAGGAUUGUGGGGAUUUAGAACCGUGGGAACACUGAGAGUCAUUUUGAGGAACACAAUCACUGGUGAUGAAACAUCUCCCUUGUGGCAAAAAUCUGGUAACCAAGGAAACCAGUGGCUCCGUGCAGACGUCAACAUAAAUACAAACUGGACAGUAUCUCAGGUGAGGCCUAGGGCACAGGUCGUUGUUGUGUUUUUUGUUUCUGUUCGUUGAUUUUCUCAAAAAUGAGAAAGAUAAUACAAAAACACCAACAUCAGCAGUUCACAAAAAAACAAAGCGAACAAAUGCCAAAAAAAUAGACAUAACAAAACAGUCGUUUGAAUGCACGCACAAAUAAAAACGCUAGUAAAUAUGGGAAUGUUGUAGGAUCGCGUCACGAAUAGGAUGUUAUUAAUUUUAACUUAAUUUACCGGUUUUGCACCAUUAUGAAAUCACCAUCAAAUUGAUUUUUCAACUCGUGUAGUUCAUUUGUCAGAUGUAACCAUUUUCUUUAUCGCUUCAAUUAGGCAUUAAAAUUAUUCGAUCAGUAAAAGAGUGUCGAGUUUAUAACAAAUGUUAGAUUUUAUUUUCGUAGGUAGCGUGAGUUGUGUCUUGGAUGUGUAUACCUUGGAAUUUUCCACACCUUAUAAAGUCAACUAACACACAUUUAAACUUCAGGUUAUCAUUGAAGCUGAGAGAGGCUACACAUUCCACGGUGAUAUUUCUAUUGAUGAUAUAUCCUUCUCGCCCCAGUGCUACCCGUCCGAAGGUAAGGAACAGUCUGUGAGCACUCGAUCGAUCACUCAUCACCCGGUUGUGAUUCCAUAACGUAUGGGUCUCUUUCAAGCAAGAGGGUUCUGUUUUGAAGGAAGUACAAAUCAGUGCAUUGUCUGCCAAUUUAUCUUUUGUGACUUUAUGUCAAGGCUCUCGAUGGUUUAUCACUAAUUUUUAACAGUAACAGCAGGCCUCUUAUUGAAGAUCAUUCUUUAAAGCGCUUAAAGCAAAGUGAUAAAUGCUAACAGUCUCUGGAUCAAUGUCAAUGUCUCAGCAACUGCUCACCUACCCCUUCCUAACCCAGCAACAAUUAACUGAGAACAAGUAAGGGUUAAUGUUGUGUUAGGGGAGGGGUAGGUUCGUAGUUGCUUAUGUACUGACUUUGAUCAUGGUUUCUUUGGAGAAGGUCGACCACCAAUAUCGCUACUAGAGCAACUCUAAAUGAUAUUAAAGCAUACUACACAAGGAUGUAAAGAAGAACACUGAAUCUCUUGUGCGGAAUCGAAGUACGAUGAGUACGUAUCAUUUUUAUCUUUCUUUUACUUUAGCCGUACACCUAUACAAGAAUUAUGACGUCCGUCUAACGGAUGGAAAAGCUGGCUCGUUCGAGGGACGCGUAGAGAUAUACCGUGUAGGUACCUGGGGCACAAUCUGUGAUGAUGGCUGGGGCCACGAUGAUGCCGAAGUCGUUUGCAAACAACUGGGGUACGGAGGAGCUAAAUACAUCCGUGCAGGUUCGCAUUUUGGCGAAGGAAGGGGUAUUAUUUGGUUGGAUGAUCUCGCUUGUUUUGGGAACGAGACAAGCCUCGGACGGUGUGCUCACAACGGUUGGGGGAGUCACGAUUGUACUCACUCACAAGAUGCUGGUGUCAUCUGCGAUAAAGGUACCAUAGGUCAGAUAAAACGAUAAUAAGCAAGUUUAACGCUCCCUCACUACUACACCUUACCCCCCCUUCCCUAAAAGUCUUUCUUUUUUUUCGGACAACGUAGGAAGUUCUAGACCGGAAGCUGAUCGAUCCCUUGUCGUAUUUAUUUAUCUGCGAUAUUCAGACAGACUAGCCUCGUUCAGCUUUAGAGCUGGUUUAACCCUUUAACUCCUAGAUCAAAUUUAUACUUCUCCUUACUGUCAACCGUACAAUUUUAUGAUGGUAGUUCAGAGAAUUUAGUAUCGGAUCAACUAAUUAUCCCAAAUUAAUAUUUUUCUUUAUUCUCAUCACUUAUCUGGUUGAUAUUGCAUUAAUAUUUUAAGGAAAAAUCUGUCUUGGUCACUCAUGGGAGUUAAAGGGUUAAAUUGUUGCCUGUAUAAACCAUAUUGCGCUGGAAGAAUGCAGACGAAAUUUCAUGAAAAUUUGUCCGAUAUUCUCCGAAAAUUUGCCGGUAUUUCGUUUGAAACCUCUCAAUUUUUCGAUUGAAUUUUUGAACAGACCAAACGGAGACGCGCGAAAAUUCGAACGAGAGCACGCAAAUUAGCUUAUCAAGGAAGAAAAUUGAAAAUUCUUAGUUACUUAGUUAUAAUGAAACGGAUGAACAGUUCAGCAAUUGCUUCGUUCAAGCUUAUGUUAUUUAUGUAAUUGUUUCUCUUGUUCUUCUCAUUACAACAUCUAGAUAGCGGUAGUACAAAAUCAUUAAGGCUACAGGACGGUAACACUACCAACAGUGGACGAGUAGAAAUAUAUCGCGGUGGCUCAUGGGAACCGAUUUGCUACGAUGGCUGGGAUAUCCAUGAUGCCUUUGUGGCGUGUCGACAGCUCGGUUUUCCUGGGGCCGAAAGCAUCACUUCUGAACCCGUGGGAAGCGUCACUCGCUCACUGAAAAAAGUGCAAUGUCGAGGAAAUGAAGAUACUUUGGGAGACUGUGCCAAUAAUGGUUGGAACGAGGGAAAUUGUAACUAUGGGUUUGCUGGCGUGAUUUGUUCUGGUAAGUCACUGGAGAAAAAAAAAUCACCUCACACAAGCUUAGCUUCCGGGUGCUAAUCGGGGUUUUUGCGGCAUGGAGCAGGGUACAAUGUCUUUUACUCUCCUGGAUCGCGGAUAACCGUUCAGUAUUUUUUCAGGUUCCCUUUACUGAAACUUACUAUAGAGGCGGUAAAAAACAGUUUUCUGUGACUAAACACAAACCACUUUUGUCUGACUUGUCAGUUUUGUUUAUUGUAGAGAGAGGAACAGCGGAAGGAAAUAUCCGACUCCGAGGCGGCAGCUCCGAGAGGGAGGGUCGUGUGGAAGUGUUUCACAGAGGAGAAUGGGGCACAGUUUGUGAUGACGCCUGGACAGAAGCAAAUUCGCGAGUCGUCUGCUAUGAGCUUGGUUUCACAAGCGUGAGGAAGGUUUAUCAGAGUUUUGGUCCCGGUAUUGGACGGGUGUGGCUGGACAGGGUCAACUGUCGUGGAAACGAGAGCGCUCUCGUCAAGUGUGGUAAUUCGGGAUGGGGAGUCACUUCUUGUAGGCACUCAGAAGAUGUUGGUGUUAUAUGCUCAGGUGUGUUUAACGAUUUGUGUAGCGGCCUUUUUUUGUAAAAUAAAAGAAUCCCACGAGAUGAAACGCCCAAAGAGUGUAUUCCCCGCAGUCAAAUGGAAAACUCCACAUGGAGUCAGUUGUCACGUGUGGUAUUUUUCAGCCAAAUCCACCUAAUAAGAUUUUUUAAAAAUUUUAAAUGCAGAUGGGUAGAUUUGGGAGGCAAGUUAUCAUUCGUGUAAAGAGUGGACAACUAGCUGCUGUCGAGGCUUCUCUGCAUAAUUUUCUCAGAGUGAAGGCGAUGUGUUGAUCUGCUCUCAAGAGUCUGUGUUGUCUGAUGAGUCACCUUAAAUACGUGGUUUACAAUAAGUGCAAACAGAAAGUUUAAUGGAAGUCACACACUUAAACCGCGUUUUAUUCAAAAAGUGAAUCGGUAUUCAUAUGUUUACUGUAGUGUAAAUCUUGGGCGACAUAUUACAAAAAUGUUUUUACAUGUUUCAUUUCUAAUGCAUACCUCCACCUAGCCUGAUUUUCUUACAUGUUGAUGACAGGGAAUAUUUGUUUCAUUUUCAGACGAAGCCUAUAUUGGUUGCUACAAAGAUACACAGAAUCAUGUUAUGAGCCAUGCACUUACAUCUUCAGGUAAACCUAGAUAAAACUCAUGUAAAUAAGUUCGGUACCGGUGAAAUGUUUUUUUCUUUAAAUUGUACGCCCCAUUUUCUGGGUUUUUCUUGGAAAUUUUAUGCUUUUCUAAUUGACCUUUUUCCCAACCAAGAUAUGACUCCGGUGAAGUGCAUACGUCGUUGUCAAAGCAAGGGCUUCAUGUACGCAGGAUUAGAGUGGGCUAAUGAAUGCUACUGUGGAGAUCACGUGAGUAGUUUACAUUCCCGUGGAGUUAGUUUCAAUCGCGUGUCGUAAAAUCCAUCCAAUGAGAGCAAAGAAAAAUAUUACAAUGAACCAGUGACGACUCAAAAUAAAAAAAGCAAACUGAACUCGCGGGAAAAUGCGUGGACUUAAAUCACGAUAGACGUCAUUUUAGCAUCUGAAAGGUUGACGCUUUGGCGAGAGUUUGUUAGUGAAACGAAACAAAGCAGUCCUGGAUGACUUUUUAAACCCAAUUGAAGGUUGCAAGAUGACAUGCAAAGUAAUCCUCAUAACUAUUUUUCUUUGUUACUGAUGCAGAAAGCCACCGAAAAAUCAAAUGCAAAAAAUGGAAAAAAUAACGAGAUUUUAAGGUAUAUUUUCUGGUAAACUUGAAAAAAAUUUGUGCUUGCAGUUUGACAGAUACGGUAAUUCUACUUCAUGCCAUUUGCCAUGUCUUGGUGACGCCAGUAAAGUCUGUGGAGGGACCUGGGCACUAUCUGUUUAUCAUACAGGUAAAAAGACGUUUGUCAGUGGGUUGAUUGAUGCUGAAGUUAAAUACCUCCAGCCUUUGAAAACUACGUCGUAUAAAUUACACGUUAGUGAGAUUGUCGGAAAGGAUUGUUUUUGAGAAAGGGGCUUUCCAAUCAAACGUAUCGUGCAGUGAAGUAUAAAAAAUAAUAUUUAAGAUUUCAAGAUAUCUUUUGAGGCCUCUAACAGUACUGAGACGAUCGAAUAAGCAGGUGUGCGUCUCAGUGGAAAUUGAAUCAACUUGGCCGUGAUUUGAGAAUCGUUGAGAUAAUUAAAUCAUCACCAUGCAUUUUUGUUCUUAUGAUGAUGAUGCUAAUGCUUAUUGUUGUUAUUAUUAUUUUUAAAAUUUUAUUUUUUUUAUUUUUUUUUAUUUUCCGAACUUUUGAUGAAGAUUUUUUUUCCUUCUAGAUCCAGCGAUAGUACCAACCCAAAUUCCAGGUUACAGCCCUGUCACACAGAGUAAUUAUUGUUGUUGUUUUCAUUAUUCAAGCGUUUGAUUUGUUUUUUCGCUUCGCUGUCACUGCUAGUUGGCUUUUAUCUUAACUUGAUUGUCUGAUUAUCUGACUGACCGACCGAAUGGUCGACCGUGUGACCGAGUGACCAAGUGACCGAGUGACCGAGUGACCGAGUGACCGAGUGACCGAGUGACCGAGUGACCGAGUGACCGAGUGACCGAGUGACCAAGUGACCCACUGAGUGGCCGACUGACCGACCGACUGACCGACCGACUGACCGACGGAGUGGCCGACUGGCGAAUUGACAGACUCUCUGAAGGACAUACUGAUGAGCGAACUAACCAGCUUACCGUGAACCUGACUCUUGGAAAGUCGCACGGGUUGUUUACUCACUGACUGUCUACUCAGACAUAUUUGUCUACCUGCAAAAAGAUCCUUUGAAAAUGUUUAAAAUGUUGAAGAGUUGCAUAUUGAUCUUUUAGGCUGUACAAGACGUUUUACCGCCAUUUUACAAUGGCGAUAUCAAAUUCCUGAUAAGUACUACGCUGGAGAUCAUAGCAAGGGUUGGAUAUCAUCGCCAGCCUUCCCGAACAAAUACUACCAUAAUACUGUUUGCAUCUGGGUUCUAAACUUACAGCCUGGCACACAAGCAAAGGUCACUUUUAAAUAUUUUCAGACAGGUGAGUUCAGAUGCUGAAAAAAAAAUGGUUUUUAAGGACACUUGUUUCUACCAAAAGUUCUGCCACUGUGUUGAUCAAAAGAAAUUCCUCGAACAAAAUUUACUCGCAAUAAAGUUUUAUCAAAGGAAAAAUAUCAGGAAAAACGAGAAAUAAAAAUUCGAUAUUGCCAAUAGUUCCUCGGAAAGCGUUGAAAUGAAGUACAAUGAAUUCGCACUCUUAUACUGUGUAUGUGUCGAUUGAAUUAGCGUACCACUUUCAUUUUUUAAUCGAUGGAUUUUAUUUUUCCUUUUUUUAGAACAACAUUACGACCGUGUUGAAAUAAGGGACGGCGACAAAGACUAUUCAGAGCCCAUAGUGGAAUUCAGCGGAAAUGUUACCCAUUCAGUAACUGCCUCAGGCAAUGUGAUGUGGAUUAAAUUUAACGCUGAUUCCUCUGUAACCUAUAAAGGUUUCAACCUUACAUACGAAGCUGUUGGUAAGUUAGCUCGUGUAUCCUACAACUUCUUAGUGUACUUAAACCGAUAGGAGCGGUGUAUCUUUAAAAACGUAAGAACUAAAUAGUUAUGUCGAAUCGUUCUUGAUGCACCUAGAGCGCCCUAGCGCACAUAAGCAAGGGGCUUAUAUAGAUUCUGUGCGUUAGUUGUCAGGCCUCCGCGUUCCGCCCGCAUAUGCUAGUGUCUAACGUUAAGUUUUUGUUACAGCUGGACCCACAGUUAUUCCAACGACCUCAUCGAUGAGCACAACUAUUCCGCCCUCACAACUACCACUUUAUCAAAUGGUGGAGGGAGGUAGGUAGUUUCCUUACAGUUUUGUCCUCAAAUAUUUCUAUAUUCUAUUAAAGAAAAAAUAUUAGUCUAUUUGUUAAGUAUACUUAAUGUGGUUUUUGAUUCAUUUAUGAUGGCUUUUCUACUGCGCAUCUUCAUAGCAGUGGUAAAUAAUGCCGUCUACUCACAAUGGAACCUAUUUUCUUAAAGGAUGUAACGGUAUAUCACACCCUGUGAACACAACAUUUGGGUACUUGGACAAGUAUCAUAGCAGUGGGUUUGUUCAAAGUCCAAACCAUCCCUCAAAUUAUGACAACAAUCUGCUCUGCCGCUGGCUUAUACGAGUUGCCCCUGGUUACCGAAUACACUUGACAGUAAAGAAAGAGGACGUCGAUCAUGAAGCUCAUGCAGGUGGACUGGGCGACGAACUGCGCGUGGAGGACGAAACGUCAGUCAAGAGUUCUAGCGAUUUCUCGGUGCCUUGGUCAUUUUUGUCAAAAGGAUCUUUAGUACGUUUGGUGUUCGUGACUGACUCAGCGAACACUGGAAAAGGAUUUUAUCUCAAAUAUAUAAGAGGUUGGUGGAAUUUUUUUCGUGGUUGGAAAAUUUAGCUGUUUUUCUUUGGCGUACUUGAUAUAGUGAGGAACACGGUGGUUAAGGGGAUUACAACCGAACUCUGGACCGUGAGGACCUGGUUCGAGUCCUGGUGUAAUCAUUGUGUUGUGUCCUCAGGCACAGAGACACUUAACACUCGCUAAACACACGCUCGUGUAGACGCGCCAAUAACGAGUGCGUGCGCGCUGGCAAGGUGAAGUAGCAAUCCUCCCGGCAUAAUCGCUUCCUGCUACAAUAAUCGUGAAAAGCUCGGCUUUGAACGGGUCACGUCACUCUUAUUCCUAGCCUUAGCUUUGCCAAUACAUGAAAUAGCAACGGCAGAGGAUACUUUUGCGUCUGUGUAAACUUUGCGCGAUCUUUGUGCUUUUGUGUCACUUUGUGUCAUGUUCUGUAUGUAUUCUUGUCGUAAUUGUCGCUUGUAUAGGAUUAUAAUUUGUAUUGUUUCCGAUAAAAACCUGCACGGCCACGCCGGCAACUCUAGGCUUUGUCCUUGAUUCCGCACUGCUGGUCUUGCAUGUGUCUUGCAAUGAAAUGCUCACAGUUAACAUUUGCUCAAGACAAUAACGUCACGCACAUGCACUCGGAUAAUUUGAAACUGGUUGGCUUUUGUUGUUGUUGUUGUUAAGGUUUUAUUCAAAUUCAAAUUAAUAAUAAAAUUUCAAACAAAAAUUAAACCAUACUCCUGUUAACACUAACAAAUAGCUAUAUCAAAAGAUAAACGAUUCUGAGCAUAUAUACUUAAAACUUCUGUUUCACACUUGGUUGAGCUGGGUUAUGUUUCUCAAGAGUUCUCGUUUGAUAUAGAGUGGUUAAUUUUGCAAAGGCAUAGUAUGGUAAUUUUGAAAUAUCCAGCACAAGAUUCUGUAUCUAUGUGUGCUGAUAUACGUUUUUCUGUUCCCUUGCUCAUUUGAUCAUCAUCAAAUAAACUAGAUUCUUGAUUAAAAUCUUCACUGAAAUUGCGGUGAGAUAAUUUCCUAGAGACCUCUCUUAAAAUUGUCUGCUGUGAAUGACAUGAACAACCAAGGUAGUUAUACUUGUAAAUAUUAGACUCAUAGCGACAUCCAUUUUCAUCACUUGUCUGCGAUGUGAAAUGUCAGAAAGUCAGCUGUUGCCUUAAAAUUCCCUUUAAAUGCUAACCUCGCAUCGUCGAUCUCACCGCCAGAUUCGUCGAAGCUCCUAAACUCUGUGCUGUUUUUAUCUCAACCAUCUUUCGACACAAGUUAGCAAAUGCGUUUCUGGUGCAUCAAGUCAAAAAAUAUUGGUAAAAGUCGUAGGAAAGAAAAUCCGAAAAACGAAUUAAAAACUUAAAAAAUACAAGUCCUUGUUAACGUUUUUGCAGAGUGUUAUUAGGUACGCGAUGAGAUUCUGUGAGAAAUGAGUUUUAGAAAACAUGAAAUUUUCACCUAAGUUUUCCUCAUGAGGUUUUCCAGCACGCUUCGACUUCUUACACUAGAUGCAGUUUUCAUGAAAUGUUAAAGCUGAGCAUACACGAGUUAAUUGCAGACUAAAAUGCGUUAGCUAAUCAUAGGUUUCUACGCGUAAUCUCUCAACCUUCCUAACUUGUGAAGAUACUGUCUCUGUGUAGUUCAGUCCUCUUGCUUGCACCACUUCAUUUUAUUUCAUCAUCAGCCGAAAAAUACAUGGUCCUGUUUUGCAAGAUUUGAUUAAGUUUCCCGUUUUUAACACAUUUGUUCACGUUUAGUUAAUAUUAGUGAUGAGAGCGUGACUACGCACAUGCCGCCAACGACCAGCCAGACGACCUCGACAGGUAAAAAAAUGUCCCUUUUUUCUGCAUGCUUUUCGCCGUGCAUGAUGGGGAAUCACACCCAGAAGUUGUAGGCGCAGCCAAUGUAGACGGAGAAAAUUCAGGUUUCGUUUACACGUGUCCAUUUGCUUUUGUAAACGCGAACAAAAUUCGUUCGUUCACAGGAUUCCUAGGAAGAUCUCGUUAUGGAAGUUUAAUCUACCUGUCCUCCCCUCUCCUUACAUUACCCAACUAACCAUAACAUUAAACAAAUUAUUGGUAAUUAAUUCUUAACCAGUUUUGUUAAAUGAACUCUCGUGACAAAACAUAUUCGUAAGCUGAAGGCUUCUUAAACAGUAUCUGUCGGAAGUGAAUCUUGCCUUCCGCUAAUUUUUACUUACAAUCUUGCCGUAAUAUCUACGUACAGCCAUAUUAAUCCAGCCGUCCUCAAACACACCGAUAGUUUUAACAUCUACAGUCCAGACGACGAACUCUACUGACAGAGGUAUAAGAUUUUAAUUGACCAAAUAAUCAAAUGAUAAAGCGAAAAAAAAAAACUGAGUGUCACUUUGAUUAGUCAUAAUUAACAUCGAUUUAGCCCCAAUUGCUAGAGACUCGAUGGAUGUAUGGUCAAUCUUUAAAACUGAUUGUUAGGAUAACAAGGAAACGCUUUAGAUGUGUGUCUUUAAAGUCAAUUUGGGAUGAGGGUGGCAGUAAAAGUAAAUCCCCGUAUCGGGCUGUUAAUUAUUACAUCAUAUAAGGCUCCAUGUAACGUUAUCCGCAUAUUAUUUAAAAAAUUAUUAAAAGAAAAAUGAUAACAAAAUUAUGUUGAUCACAACGGUUGUUAAUUAUUACAUCAUAUAAGGCUCCAUGUAACGUUAUCCGCAUAUUAUUUAAAAAAUUAUUAAAAGAAAAAUGAUAACAAAAUUAUGUGGAUCACAACGGUGACAGUGUUCUUUUAUUUUGAGGAUAUAAUUCUUUCUGUAUAAUUGCUCAGAUGAUAACCAUAACUACAUUUUCUUGAAUUGUUUCUCCAAUAACACCAAAACAUCGUGUAGUGAUCAUAUUUAAAAUUACUGCUUCAGUAUUAUAGCCACCUCGCGCAAAGAGAUCGGUCGAUACCUACCACCAAGUCUCGACCAAUCAGAGAGCAGGCAUUUCUUAAACCAUCUUAGCAAUUAUACUAAAAAAAUUGAUAAAUAUGAAAGCAUCGGUCUUAACUAUAAAACAAUUUGUUUGCUUUGUUUCGCAUCGAUUGCUUAACGUUACGAACAGGAACGAUUCAUCAGACAGACAAAACCAUGACAACAUUCAACAACGUCUUGCCAACCUCCACCAUUCUGACGUCAUCUACAUUGAUUAACCUCAAACCAACAUCCGCUAAAGGUAAUGUUAAUGAUUACCUUUUGCUUCAUAGUUUUCUACUCUGAUAUCACUAGUAAGAUAUGUCUAAAACAAGUCUAAAAUCUUGGUGCACACGAGCCAAUUUGUACCUGACUCUUUGGUUAGUUUGCGUAAAAUUUGUUGAAUCACAAAUGUUGGGCGUUUAGCUUAGGUUGGAACUGGCUGACUCGGUUGAUUUGCAUAAUAAUGAAUACGGCUUUUUCAAGAUUUUUCCGUAUUUUUUUCCGAUUAUAAUUUUUUUUUAAUGAAAACCUUGUCAGAAAAGGAGAUAAUCCAUAAAUCACCUAAACAUAAGACAACGUGUGUUGGGAAACGUUCCGAUUGACAUCCGAUUGACAUCCGAUUGACUCAAACUUACUGAAGCAGUCUUAUAUUAAUUAAAUGUUUAACCAGGCAAGAACCUCCUCCAUCUAUUACUAUGUAGUGCGCGUUGUCCCGCUUCUGUUUGUUGCUUGUACCGUGCUCUUCUUUUUGUUAACUACGUUUUUAGCGUUGUUUUGCUAUCGUAGUGAUUUCUGCUAGUCUGAAUGUGGGCCAAUUAAUUUUAAUUUUACUAAGCCUGUAGGUAUUUGAAAAUCUGAAUAUGCCUCAGUUUUUUGGUUGUAUUAUGUUACAGUUGCAGAACUUCUUCAGCGUACAAAACACGCUUCCUUCUAUCUAAGACGUGAAACAAAGAAUUGCCAUUAAAAUACAUACACUCAUACGAAAACUCGUUUCAAAACCCUUAGUCUGUUCAGAGAUCUUCUUUUUUCACACUUUUCUAGAGUAUGAACGAAACAAGAGCCGCUGAGGAUUUGACGAACGAGAACGCAGGGGAUGGGGAGCUGGGAGAAAGACUAUGCCCCAUUCUGCAUUUGUUCUUGUGUCCUGCGACUAAAAAUGACUACAAGUGCUUCUUAAUACUUUGAGCCUUUGUGGCAUUUUGAAGCUCAGCUAUCUGAAGUCUUGUUUGUUUUUCUGUUCCUUAGUUCCUCUAACUGAAACAGAGCCGCCUGCGACACGUGAAGAGAACACUCUAGAGAAGCAAAAAGGUUGUUAGUUGUUUUUUUCCUUUUUAAUUGACAUUUGCGACAUUUCAUGCGGAAGCUCAAUUACACCAGGUCUUUCCUCAAACGCAUGUAAAAGCAAUCAUAGAAAAACGGAAUAUUUGAGAAUUAACUUUUGUUACAUGUUAUUCUGUGUAUUUUCGGUACCACCUUUAUUUUUUCUUAAUUCGCCCGUAGCAGCUUCCCUUUGGCACAAAAAAGGUGCACAUUAGCCUUGAAUGCAAUCUGAUCCUCAUCUUCUUGGAACGAAGGUUUCUCAACAGAGAAAAUUUCCGCCAGUAAUAAGUGCAUAUUAUCUUUUCCUCAAAGGGCACGGUAGUGAAUCCUGCAACCUGAUUGGUUCUUAGUGCGAUCCAGAUUUUCCUCUCUCUGCCCACGGGCACGGUAACGCUUUGGAAAGUCGCCGAGUACAUCCUUAGCUUCGUUAUUGUUUUUAAGCAAAUCAAGCUGAUUAAUACCUCAAGACCUCGGCACAGUUUUACACAAUACGGACCGAACUAGGCUGGUGAAUAACAUAGAUAUAUUUCGCACCAAUGGGAAUCUACUUUUUGUACAUGAACAUGAUUUAUCAUUUCCGUCAAUCCAGAAAUUCUUAAUUCUAUCCCUUUGUUUCAGACUCUCGCCAGGAUGCCAUGAGUGGCGGCACCAUUGCUUCCAUCGUUGUUCCCGUUUUGCUGGUGAUCUUAGCGGUGAUUAUUAUCAUACUGAUACUGGUUCGUUUAAAAAAGAAGAAGAGACAAAAUCAAGGAGGUAAGGAGAGGACAAGUGUGUACUGUGAGUGCCAUACUAUGAGUGCCAUACUGUGAGUGCCAUACUGUGAGUGCCAUACUGUGAGGCCGGUGUGCAUUUUAUUUUGAUUAGCUAACCAAGGUCGUGUUUAUUGAGAGAAACCUUUGAAAAUGGAACAGUUCCAGAUUGAAUCACUUAUCAUUUUACAAAAGAACACUUCACCAACCGUUUCCGCUCAAAACGUGGUAACUUCUGAAAAUUGGAAAUAGUUAUCAGAAACCUUGUCCGCGUUCUCAGGUUGAAGGAGGAUAUAACAGCGGUCAGUUUUCGUGAUCUCUGACCAUCGAAAAACUUGGCGUAUUAGCUAUUCUGUGGAUUUGAAGGCGAUAUAAAUAUCCUAAAUCGUUGAUGUCUAGUGAAUCAUACGAGCAAGAGUUACUUGAAUUUUUUUUUUUUUUUGGCAACGAGAUUUGAUACCAACAGCGGUCAAAAGUCGGACACGCGCAAGGAGAUCAAUUUUGGACGGCGACGCGCCAAUUUCUCGGGGAAAAUUGUAAAGGAAAACAUUAAGUAACAACCGCUGUCUUAGCAAUCUGCAAAAGGAAUCAAAACAAGGGGAACGGAAAACUCGAGACUUUUCAAACACAAAGCUUAUUUAAGUACGGGUAUCUUGUUGAUUUACCGGUCUCUUUUGAGUUUUAUCAAAAAUGGUUCUCCGCUUUUAAAACACCGUGACUCACUGGCUUGUGUAGUUGUUAGUAACUUGUCUGAGACGACUUCGUUUUAAGAGACUUAAAGCACUACACCCGGUCAGUUCGUGCGUAGACGUUUUAUCGUUGUGUACUCCACGUGCGGGAAAUAAGAGCUCUCGCUACUUAAAAUUUUUGAACCAUCUCUAUCGCCUAAAUAAAGAAAGAUCUAUUUAAACUCGAUUACUAGAAUGCGUAAUAAAGAGAAUGAGCCCGAAAAACCUAGAGCGGUUGAUCUCGAUAGAAUACGAUUUUUUCCCUCAUGUACGUGCCUUUUUCCUUGUCAAACCACCCCCAAUUUCCAGUGCGGGUUUUUCGAAUAUUAGUAUCUAGGACAUGGCGUUCAAAUAUCCUACUAAUAUGCUCUGGGGAGAGCAGGCGUCGUCUCUAGCGAUUUUAGCAGCCAUAUGGCGCGCCUUUAGAAAACAGUUUUGGUCACGAAUUGUCCAUAAAUCUUCACUCGUUUUUUCCCUCUGAUCUUGGUUUCUUUUAUUCUAUCUGUAAAAUAACUUUUUUUACUUUUUAUCGAUGCAUCUGGUAGAAAAAUGACGAUUUUGUUUCAUUUUUUUUCAUUUCAAGUUCGUCACGGGUUUUGUAACGAAUCGUACGGCGAUGGGGAAUCAAUCCGCAUGCAGACGUCCCCGAGAACACGAGAAACCUCCCAAGCAGUAACUGCCAAUCAGAACCAAACUCCAGCACUCGCCUUACCUGCCCAAGAACCCACUGCUUACUUUACAGGUAAGGGUUCUAUUUUGCCAGGUUUAUAUAAGAUUGAGAGCGCGGUUUGUCAAUUUAACACUUUGACGUGACCAAAAGGAGCGCGAUGUAUCGCCGACAUGUUAGAAAUGUGCAUUUAUCGUUUUCAUUCAUUUUUUUUUUCAUUUUUUGCGCACGUCCCGACCGCGGCGGCCCGUGUUCAAUUCCCAAUCCUGGAUCUUACUUCUCAUGUAGCUUGAGUUCCUUAAUUGUUGUAUUCCUCCUUUGAGUUUCUGCCCGAUGCUCAAGUUUUGUACCCCCAAAAUAAAAGUUGACAAACAUACAUACCUAAGAAGAGACAAAAUACCAUAUUCCAAGUGUGUUUCUAAGCUUUGGUCUUGUCUCUCUCUACAGCUGCACCUCCUCCAUAUAGUCAAACAGCUUCCGGGGACUAUUUCGUACCUUUCGCUGCUCCUUACGGAGGAGGAAUAGGAAUAGCCCCAGUAGGAAUCGAGAACCCCGGUUACGCUCAGCUGUACUCAGCUCCUCCUGCUUACGAGGCCUCCGUACGGCAGGCAGCCAACUCUACAACAGCAACGGGAAUUGGGUCGGUGACAAGUCUGAGGGAGGCCGCAAAAGAUGAUGGGUAGGUUUACAGGUCAUUUUUGCAUAAUACCAUAGACAGAUAAUUGUUCAAGAUGUUCGAUAGUGAAAGGUGAUUGAUUCAGUUGUCACAAGUCUGCAUCCCUGAGAGAAAUUGAACCCGAUACAGCCAGACUGAGCUUUUUGACGAGAUUGGUUAUUUACUGAAUCCAUGUAUGACCUGCCAUUGCCAGCCAAUUUCAUUAAUAAUUUUGGAAACUUCUUGCCUGACGAAAGAAAGAGAAUACGCUUUUGUUACCUUUGGGCCUUAUAUUUUACAGCUACUUGGGAUGCUCUUUUAUGCAAACUGACAUCUUUUUAUCACAGGGCAUUCAACUUAUUUCAUUCACAUGUAUGAUUUUGGUACAUUCGCGGUCACUGAUUCAUCACUUCAGGGUUUAUUGCGAAACAUCUCAAUGACCAGUUGGUAGAGUACUGCACCGAUAUCGCAGAGGUCAUGAGUUCAAAUCUCGUACAGGCCUGAAUUUGUUUUAGGCCUUAUUUUCACUACAGCUCAAGUAGUGUUCAUUAUUUCGAAGAUCGUUUUCAUAUUCAUUUUUUAAACCCCAGUUCACUUCUGUGAUUUUCGUAUACUCACAGUCACAGAGCAUUGAAAUUUCAAGCAGCUGGCCCUCUAUCCACGACAACAAACCCUAGGCUCGACAUGUUUCUCCCCAACCUACCCCACCUUGAUAGUGAACGGUCCUUGCUCUGUUGUAAAUUAGCUUGUUCCAGGCGUUCAGUCUCUGAAACGAGGCGCGAGAGUAAACGGCGCUAUAGUAGCGAAGGAGUGAUAAACGAGAGAGGUUUGGGUCGGGUCGCAUAAAGAACGUGCUUUGCCGCUACUAUCACGUCGUUUGCUAUUUUGCACUUGCUGAACACUGUCAACAGCUUUAUUGUAAGCUAAUUCUUCAACAGCUCAUGGAUCGUCUCAACAAAGAGCGAACUCCGUAUUUAGGCUGGUCAAAUCUAAUCUAAAUUAACAAUUUCCAUACCUAGUACACAACACAAGAUUUAUAUCGUAAACCAAAAUAAUUUAAGGCAGUUAUCACUUGAUUUGUCCAGAACUGGACAGAGGAAAACAGCCGAGUGUCUUUUAAAAAUUUUAAUUCACGGCCCCUGAUUCGCUGGCUUGAUACUCCUCCACUGUUCCACAGCUAGUUUUAAUUAUAGUUGAAAUUGUUUCUAUCUUGCAGAGCCCUAGUGUUAAAUGGUCUUGCUGCUCCUGGUAAGCUAUUUAGACAAAUUAGAGCAAACUAGUUUCGAAAUUUGUCCUCAUUUUAUGACAUAGAGGCCGUCUUAAAAUUAUCUGCUCUAAAUUCUCCAAACUCCAUAUGGAGACUUUAAGAACGAGUUUAAUUUUGUCUUGCGAAUACGGAUUCCAUUUUACUUUGUGCUCUAACAGAAAAUGGGUAGAAAAUUUGUAUCGCACCGUCCAGCCUCUGUUCUCUCCAUGAAAUCUUUCACAAGGUUUCAUCACCGUUUCCGUUGUGUUUUACUUUGACUCUCUUCUGCUGGCCAAAUAGGUUUCGCAAGAUGUCUUUGUUUUUGGUUAUUAUUAAUUACACUUUGUGGAUAUCUUCUAGGCGCAGUUUAUGCUCCGCUUACCAGAGCAGUCCUUCCUCCCAUACGGGGCACUCAACCGACAGGUGAUCCUGUAAAGAAACAGGCUCCCGAAGAGGAAGAAGCCGGUUAGUUGGCUACAGCUACAGAAGGCUUUAUUGUAGACCUUUCUUUUUUUUUCCACUUUUUUUCGAGUGAUGCCUAGUUCAUUUAUUAAUUUAAUCUCUUGCAUUAAUUAUCUCUCAGGCCCCCUGCCUGAAAAACCUCCGCUGACCGUUGAACAUCUUCCUGAGCCGUCGGCUCCCCCCAGGCCCCCAUCGGCUACCUCUCAAGUCCGGCUAGUGAGUCCUGCGUCUCCAUCGGAAGCGGCAAUGGAAUUUGACACCGAAGUACCCUUCGAAUUCCUUUGUCCAAUCACAAAUAAGAUCAUGUCAGAUCCCGUAAAAGCAUCUGAUGGUUACAAUUACGAGCGCAAAGCUAUUCGUCGUUGGUUCCGAAAGAAGCGAAGUAGUCCGAUGACUAACGAGACCUUGACGGAUUUUGAAGUUCGGUCCAACGCUGAGCUACGAAGCCAAAUCGAACGUUUUGUGGCAAAUCAUUCUGUUGUGUGACACUGUGUUGAGUUUUAGCUUGCAGAAUAGGCGGGUUGAGUGUAUAUAGAGUUUUUCUCAGUGGGCCUUUUUUUUUUUUUUUUUAAUUUUGCUCAAGGUUUGUUUAGUCAUAAAUUUGUGUCCAACGCACGCUGACCGGUCAGCGUUGAAUAUUCAGAUUGGUCCUCCCGACCGAUCAGAUAAAAGAUUACGUACUCCUUAACAGCCUUCAUUGCCUUUCAGUGGCUGGUAACCUCAUAAUAACCGUCACAAAAUGAACGUCAGUGUAUAUUUGGAUAGCGUGGUGAAGACUACUGAAAACAAUCGCAAAUUGAAAACAUUUUUUUCGCUUCAGUUUCCGAAACGGCCCGUCUCGGUAGAUGAAGAACGCCACAGAGACAUGCAUUAUCCGCUCAGCAUAGUCGCUUUCUUAAAAUAAGAUAUAAAUACGCACUCAAAACUCCAUUGCUCUAUUGACGCUAAGUAAGUAAAUAAAGUUUUUUCUCGUAUUUGUUGUUUAUGAAUACAGUGUAUAUGUGUUCGUCAUGAAUAUUUUCUCUUGUGUUACUGAAAGAGGUCAAUGGCUGUUUGGUCCCCAGUUUUAUCGGAUAUAAAACAGAGUAGUUAUUUGGGGGACUGGGGAAGAGCAAGCUUUGUAAGAUGAAUGGCGUGUUGAUAAUCUAAAGGCCGUUGGAAUCUCGGCAAAAUAUCUUAUUGAUAAAUGAAUGGUAGGUUGUUGCUAGUGGUAACAAUUAUUCACGAGACUCACCCGAGCAAGCAGUCUGUUUUGGGACGUCAUGAGAAACGACUGAGAAAAAUAUGUUUCCCUUACUAAAUUUGAUCUGCUCUAUUUGAUUGGUAUCUUAAUAUUAGAAUGAUCUUAAGAAUGACUUCGAGUUUUGGUAGCAUUUCCUAAUCUUGUCAACGUGUAUUAAUUUAUUUUUCUGAAUGAGCCAUAACCUACAGUUGUGUAAAGUUGUGUAGAGUUUAGAAAUGAAGUGUUUUAGAAUAUUUGUGAAGAAACUUUAAGUUUCACGUGUGUUUCGUUUUAUUUGUAUGGCCUAAAGGCAUUUUGUAACAAGCUAUAUAUAAGAAAUAUCUUGCCUGUGUAAUUUUAUAAAAGAUUUCUUAAAAUG